AUGAUUGCCAACAACAAUAACAACAACAACAACCCACACCCCAUACCUGCCGUGCCAGCCGUCGUCAAAAAGGCACAACAAGAUGGGCGAGACGUCGAGCAGGCCAUCGUCGCACAGGACAUUCAGGGACGUAGUAUCCACAACGAUACCGUCGGUCCAGCGGGAUGGACGGACGAAACGCCCGAAGAUUUCGCCAACUUUGUAAAGAGUUUACGUCCCGUCGAUCGAACACUGCUCGACAAGGCUUUGCCUGCAUUCCAUGUGGUCACUGACGAUUAUGUUCAUGUCCCUAUCGUGGAUGCAUUCAACUGGGACGAAACGGCUCAACGACUCGGAAAGGAAGCUGAGGGAGAGUGGUUCAUUGUGGCAUUCCGAAGCGUUCGCAAGGCAGAUGCGGAUAAGAAGCUCUUGUUUGAAGCGGAUGCCCGGGCACAAGAAGAAGCAGUCCAUAGCGGUGGUCUGCUGAAGUACUGGUACGGUGAUCUGAACGAACACAGCGAGUGCCUUGCAAUGUGCAUCUGGGUCAACCGUGAGUAUGCCCUCAAGGCAACCCGCAAGCCGCUGCACAUGAAGGCGGCAAAACUUGCGUCGGAAAUGUAUAUUUCGUACCAAUUGGAACGAUAUAGUCUGGUCAAGCGGGCAGGCGAAACUGUUUUCCAGAUCCAGGCACUCUAA